UGCAGUAUGAUUUAAAUCAUAUAUCCAUGCAUUGCAUCUUUGACAUCUUUAAUUAUCUAAAUAUUUUCAUAAAAUUGGACCCUUUACACGACUCAUAGAAUUGUAUGUUAAAUAAGCCUAUGUAUAUAUUGAGUGAAGAUAUUAAGUAUGUCAAUAUUACAGCAAACACAAACUAUUUUUAAUAUUUAAAAGUUCUAGAUUAAAAAAUUUAUGUCAUGAACAUUUCAUUUGAAUGUUUAAAUAAUUCAUAUAUUUCUAUACUGCUGUGGUAUUACUGGCUACAAUAACUGAGGAAGGAAUAGAAUGGUUUACAUGGUUUUGUUAGAUUUAAUUUUAAUUAGGUUUUUGAAAAUGGUUCUUAAGUAAGCUAAACUACACGUCCCAUUUUAUCAUACAGUGUUUCCAUUUGAUAUGGUACAAAAGAAUCACUUUGGAUGAUACCUCAGUUGUUAGUAGUUAAAUAGAUUUAAGAUUUCUUUGUACUCAGAUUGUGGAAGCAAUGUGAAGUAGAGAAAACUGGCUUGAGUGGAGAGAGUGAAUGCGAUUCUUUCAAAUACAUACUAAUGUAUACAUUUUUUUCCAAUCUUAGUGACGGUCUGCACAUUUGGAAUCAUCUGCUUACCGAGGAUACUAUGUCGAAGGUUAAGCGAGAUUGAAUUGUCACAGCAUUACAGUCGCGUCCUAUAAAUGAUACAAUGAGACUUUCUACAUCACGCUUUAAGUUUAUGAAUUCUCGCUCAUCUCUCUUUUCAUAGACUUUUUUUUAUUCCAAUAGCUUAAUUUAGACCUAUACAUAAUAUGCCAUUAAAUUCUCAUUGUAUCAUACAUUUUCCGUGAGAUCGUAAAUAUUGAAAAAUAGUAUGAGUGAUUGGUGUGCAAAUAUUAUUAAUAACAAGAAUGAGUUGAUUUUUAGAUGGCUAAAGUAUUUUUCGAUGUGGAAGACUUGAGCAGGACAGUGCUCCCUGUGGUACCAAUAUUGCACGUGGUAAGACUCCCGACAUUGGUUCUAGGACGUACACUGAGAUUAUGCGGGAGCAAUUGCUAAAAGGAGAAGAAACUGAGUUAAGAAAAAAACUCGCAGAAAAAGCCAAAGAGGGAACUCUGAAAGCAAAUGGCGAACCCAAGCCUGCACCUAAGAAAAGAGGUCGUUGGGAUCAAACAGACGAUGCCCCGACACCUAAAAAGCUAACUGGUGCUACUGCAACGCCGACAUCCUGGGAUAAUGCGGAUGUAACGCCGGCUGCAAUUAGAUGGGAUGAAACACCUGGCCAUGGUAAAGGUGGAGAAACUCCUGGUGCGACACCAGGCGUAAGUACAAGAAUGUGGGAUGCUACUCCGGGGCAUGCAACACCUGGUGCAGUUACUCCUGGUAGAGAAACUCCAUCUCACGAAAAAGCUGUUUCAAGUCGUAGAAAUCGUUGGGAUGAAACACCGAAAACAGAACGCGAGACUCCCGGGCACAGUAGCGGUUGGGCUGAGACUCCAAGAACCGAUCGUGUUGCGGGCGACUUAAUUCAAGAAACACCCACACCGUCUGCUAGCAAGCGUCGAAGUCGAUGGGACGAAACACCAUCAAAUCAGACACCUGGAUCCAUGACACCGCAAACACCGGCAACCCCCCUUACUACACCCCAUCAGACUUCUAUUUUAACACCUAGUGGAGUAACGCCAACAGGGCCUAAAGCUAUGGGACUGGCUACUCCAACGCCUGGACAUUUAAUGUCAAUGACGCCGGAACAGCUUCAAGCGUAUCGCUGGGAACGAGAAAUCGAUGAAAGAAAUAGACCACUUUCAGACGAUGAAUUAGAUGCCCUGUUCCCACCUGGAUACAAAGUUCUGCAACCACCGGCAGGGUACAUUCCAAUUCGUACCCCUGCAAGAAAGCUCACUGCUACGCCAACACCGAUCGCGGGCACACCGCAGGGAUUCUUCAUCCAAACUGAAGAUAAAACUGCAAAAUUCGUAGAUAAUCAACCAAAAGGAAAUUUGCCUUUUAUGAAGCCAGAGGACGCACAGUAUUUUGAUAAAUUGUUGGUUGACGUUGACGAGGAAACGCUCAGCCCCGAGGAGCAGAAGGAAAGGAAAAUUAUGAAGUUGCUUUUGAAAAUAAAAAAUGGUACACCGCCGAUGAGGAAAGCGGCUCUAAGACAAAUUACUGACAAAGCUAGAGAAUUUGGCGCGGGACCAUUAUUCAAUCAGAUACUCCCCCUCCUUAUGUCUCCUACAUUAGAAGAUCAAGAGCGUCAUCUUCUUGUAAAAGUCAUUGAUCGUAUUCUGUAUAAACUUGACGAUUUGGUCAGGCCUUAUGUACAUAAGAUUUUGGUCGUCAUUGAACCUUUACUUAUUGAUGAAGAUUACUACGCUCGUGUAGAAGGUAGAGAAAUUAUUUCUAAUCUAGCGAAAGCAGCUGGUUUAGCGACGAUGAUAUCCACAAUGAGACCAGAUAUCGAUAAUAUCGAUGAGUACGUGCGUAAUACGACAGCUAGAGCGUUCGCCGUGGUCGCGUCAGCGUUGGGGAUUCCUUCUUUACUUCCGUUUCUUAAAGCUGUGUGUCGCAGUAAAAAGUCAUGGCAAGCUCGUCACACGGGCAUUAAGAUUGUACAGCAAAUUGCUAUUCUCAUGGGAUGCGCUAUAUUGCCGCAUCUAAAGAGUUUAGUCGAAAUCAUAGAACACGGUUUGGUUGAUGAGCAACAGAAAGUUCGUACUAUUACCGCUUUGGCUAUUGCUGCGUUGGCUGAAGCAGCAACGCCUUAUGGUAUUGAAAGUUUCGACUCGGUUCUUAAACCACUUUGGAAAGGUAUUCGUACACAUAGAGGAAAAGGUCUUGCUGCGUUCUUGAAAGCAAUUGGUUAUUUAAUUCCUCUUAUGGAUGCUGAAUACGCCAAUUACUAUACUCGUGAAGUAAUGUUGAUCCUCAUACGUGAAUUCCAGUCCCCCGACGAAGAAAUGAAAAAGAUUGUUUUGAAAGUAGUAAAACAAUGUUGCGGAACAGAUGGUGUAGAAGCGCAGUACAUUAAAGACGAGAUUCUUCCACAUUUUUUUAAACACUUUUGGAAUCAUCGAAUGGCUUUGGAUCGUAGAAAUUAUAGACAGCUUGUGGACACAACAGUAGAAAUCGCGAACAAAGUUGGUGCAUCAGAAAUUAUAAAUCGCGUGGUGGAUGACCUGAAGGAUGAAAAUGAACAAUAUAGAAAAAUGGUUAUGGAAACUAUUGAAAAAAUAAUGGGUAAUUUGGGAGCUGCAGAUGUUGAUUCUCGUUUAGAAGAACAGCUCAUAGAUGGUAUUUUGUACGCCUUCCAGGAGCAAACUACAGAGGAUGUUGUAAUGCUGAAUGGUUUUGGUACUAUAGUAAACACGCUAGGAAAAAGGGUAAAAGCGUAUCUUCCACAAAUAUGCGGUACGAUAUUGUGGAGAUUAAAUAAUAAAUCUGCAAAAGUGAGACAACAAGCAGCUGAUUUAAUUUCACGAAUUGCCGUUGUCAUGAAGACCUGUCAAGAGGAAAAACUAAUGGGCCAUUUAGGUGUUGUUCUUUACGAAUAUUUAGGUGAAGAAUACCCUGAAGUAUUAGGGAGCAUUUUAGGUGCAUUAAAAGCUAUUGUUAAUGUCAUAGGAAUGACAAAAAUGACACCACCUAUUAAAGAUUUACUGCCACGACUUACGCCUAUACUGAAAAACAGACACGAAAAGGUACAAGAAAACUGUAUUGACCUCGUAGGUAGAAUCGCGGAUAGAGGUCCUGAAUAUGUAUCUGCCAGAGAAUGGAUGAGAAUAUGUUUCGAACUUCUGGAAUUACUUAAAGCUCACAAGAAAGCAAUUAGGAGAGCAACAGUAAACACAUUCGGUUACAUCGCAAAAGCGAUAGGGCCUCACGACGUGUUGGCAACGCUACUGAAUAAUUUGAAAGUACAAGAACGUCAAAAUCGUGUAUGUACUACUGUAGCUAUAGCUAUCGUUGCUGAAACGUGUAGUCCGUUUACGGUACUUCCUGCAUUGAUGAACGAAUACAGAGUGCCAGAAUUAAAUGUACAGAACGGCGUUUUAAAAUCUUUAUCCUUCUUAUUCGAAUACAUUGGAGAAAUGGGAAAGGAUUACAUUUAUGCUGUUAGCCCAUUAUUGGAAGACGCGCUUAUGGAUAGGGAUUUAGUACAUAGGCAAACUGCAUGUGCUGCCAUUAAGCAUAUGGCGUUAGGUGUCUAUGGGUUCGGUUGCGAGGAUGCACUGAUACAUUUAUUGAAUCAUGUCUGGCCCAAUGUUUUUGAAACUUCACCACAUUUAGUACAAGCAUUUAUGGAUGCUGUGGAUGGUUUACGUGUCGCUCUUGGACCAAUUAAAAUAUUACAGUAUACCUUACAGGGAUUAUUUCAUCCAGCACGAAAAGUGCGCGAUGUAUAUUGGAAAAUUUAUAAUUCUCUUUACAUAGGUGGACAAGAUGCUCUUGUAGCUGGUUAUCCUCGAAUUAUGAAUGAUCCAAAGAAUCAAUAUAUUAGAUACGAAUUGGACUAUGUUUUGUAAUAGUUUAAGUAUAUACAAAAAAUGUGUACUAUACAUUUAUAUAAUCUUCAGAAAAGUUAGCAUCAUCCGCUUAUUAUUGUUUACAAAAACCCGCUUAGUAGUUGUGUGUACCGUAUCUCAUAAAAUGGACACGGCAAUGAAUAUUGAAGGUAUUUAUUUCUUUGACUUUUUUAAACAACUUAUACAUAAAUCACGUUGAAUUAAAAAUUGGUUCUAAUCAAAGACUUGCUUGAUAAAUAUGUCAGUCCUUAUACUAAUAAAAAACUUCAUAUCAUAAACGAUAAUGAAUUUAUUUUGUAACAUUCAUUGUAACUUCUAUUUAGUUGUUCCCUUGCAAUCGAUUAGUACAUCAAUAAAACGGAAAGUAAUUAUUUUAACUUGCAUAAAAUAGAUUUUCUCAAUUUAUAAUUUUAGCAACGACGAUCACUGUAUGUAUGCGGGAAUAAUUUUUCUUUUUAAGUUAAACAAUUCUUAAAAUUUAAUUAUUAAACGACUAAAUAAGAGUAGUGCCAAUGUAUUUUCAAAAAUUUAUUUUUAAUUCUUCAAGAUAGUUCAAUAUUUAAUAGUGCAUAGUGUGUAAAAUGUCCACGCACUGAACUUGCGUAUGUAUAUUACAAUUUUUAAGUAUCAUUGGAGAAUACAGUUAUAUUUGUUAUACGUAAUAUCUUUUCUUCUAUGAAACAUUUAUAUAUUUAUUAAUUGUAGCAAUUUUUUGUAUAAAAAUUGUAUGUGAAAUGUCUGCAUUUCCAAAUAGAUUUUAUUUGAAAACUGACAUAAAGCACAUAUGCGAAGUUAUAUAAACGCAUACAUAUCACCGUAUUUAUAACGUCUCUCAAUUAUUUAUGAAUUGGAUGCAAUUCCUUUAGUUUCGGUCCUGACAAGUAUAUAACACGGGCCACUUUUACGCACACUUUCAAAUUUAAAACCAAGAAAAAUUUUAACUUUAAGCCCUUGCUAUCGUUAAAACAUUUAAAUUAUACACAAAGGCCAUUUACCUAAUAGCACACAUCAUAACGUAUACGUAUACGUACGUAUCCGUAAAACAUAACAAUAAGAAAUAUAUAUCUCGUACCAAUACGACAAAACAAUUAAAUUAAACUGAAUGUUUCCUGCAACAUUUCAUUAGACAAAGAUCGUAAAGUGACAACUACUAAAUUACGUGGUAAUAUAUAAUUAAAAUUAAGUAUUUGUAUAUGUAUAACAAAAUAUACUAUAAAUGUAAAUUAAUUUACGACUUUUGAAAAAUUAAAGCUAAUCAUUACAUUAUAUUUCAAUGUAACAAAAUUUGUAACUAAUUUACGAUAUGCCUUAACAAUCUCUUUAGCGUGUAUAGCCUUAUUUCAAAUUAGUAUAUUUUCCUUAUAUUCGUUACAAAAUGCAUAAAUAAUAUUUCACGUUUGUUUAAAUGACAAUACGUUUAUAACAACCGAAGGCCUAUAUAAGAUGAAAGCAGCCAAAUUAAAACAUAAUAUAUAAGCUGUUAUUAUAUUAAUUAUUCCAUAAUAAUAUAUCAAUUUAUAGAAACUUUUUCGUUACAAAAAGAUACUUUGGUAUAAGAAGUACAUAAAAUUGUUACUCGGUAUAAUAGAUAUUGUAACUAUAAUGAAAACGUAAAAUGCAGCUGCUUAUAGAAUCACAUUGAUACAAUAUAAUGUAUACACUCUGUAAAAAUGAUUUUCAAACUAAGUACUUGUUAUUAUUAUUGUUUAUGAUUUUUCAAGUGCAAUUUAUGUAUUACGAGAAGCAACUCUUACUACCUUUUUAAAAACAUACUUUUCACUUAAUUGUAUCUUUUCUAUCAAUUUAAGACUCUUAGUUGUAGAAUUAAAAAAUAAGGUUUCCGAACAUUUACAAUAUAUAAAAAGGAGUUUUUCAAUUUUAAUUCCAACAUAGCACCAGGCACACUUUAAAAAAAACUGAAAUUUAACUGCAAUAAUAUUUCUCUAUAAAACCUACUAAUAUAAAAUGUAAUCGCGUAACUUACAAAUGCACGUGAUUCUAUAAAAUAUGAUUUCACAAUAUAAAAAACACUUUUACCAAGUUAAAAACA